UAUUAUUGAAAAAUGAACCGAACGAAUCGGAAUUCAAAUCGAAAUUCAAAUUUCGCAUGCUUAAUGUUAAUAAGAAGUCGAAUGAAAAUGACUACACGGACCUGGAUCUGAAAUAUGAUGAUAGUUUAUCAUCCAGAAAACUUUCUUGCGUUUCUACCUCCGAAACAUUAGAAUUUACGAAAGAGCAAACCAAGUUGAUCAAAGGCAACAGAUUGAGUUGGUCUAUUGCUGUGUCAGAUAAAUUGUUUGGUCUCAAGUCAUACAAAUCAACUGUUAGAUUAUUAGCAAUAUCUUGUAUAAACAGUCAUGAUAUGACACUUAAAAAAUUUAUUGAAGGCCCUGAAAUACCAGGAUUUACUAUCGUUUACUCUAUUAACAAAGAUUAUUCAAUUGAAAAAGAAGUAUUGAUACAAUUUAAUUAUGGUGGUGUAAUCAAAUUGUUUUCAAAAUAUGAAAAUAAUAAAAAGACAGAUAUUAACGACCAAAAUAUGGAUAUUAAAAAUACCAAUGAGGAUCAGAAUGCGAAUAUCAAAAAGAAUGAUGAUGAUAAUCAAAAUAUGGACAACAAAGAGACCGAUAAUCAAAAUAUGGAUAAAUACUUUCUUAUUAUUUUAAAUGUUUCUGGGAUUUAUAAGUAUCACUUUGUACAUUUGAAUCGCAGAUCUAUUAGCGAAAUUCAAAAAUUAAAAUAUCCAAAGCGAAUAUAUAGUGCCAUAAAUAAUAAUUGCAAAUUAGAUAAUCCUAUGAGUCAUGAAGGGCAACUUGUGCUUGCUAAUUUGAAUUUGAAAUAUUUUAUAAGAUGUUUAGAUAAACAUUAUUUUUUCGUAGAUACUAUACGUGGAGGUGCGAGAUACAUGGAACUAUAUGAUUUAAAAACAAACCAAUUAGUAGUUACCUUUCAUAGACAAAUUUUAUACGAACUAGAUUUCAUGGCAGAUGUUCCUGAUAAUUUUACGAUAUCAAACAAUAACAAAUUAUUAGCAUAUAGAUCUGGAAGUAAGAUCAAAUUAUACUUGAUUGAAUGUGGUUUUGAGAUAGCAUCUAUAGAGAUAAAGACUGGCGAAACAUCUUCUAUUGAGUCUUUCAUGUAUUUUUUUAACGUUGUUGUUAAUAAUAAGGAGGAGAAACAAGGUAAUCUUCUUGAAUAUAAGCGAAUUUAUGAUGAUUUAAUCUUAGAGCAUUUAAAGAGGAAUGGUGACGAACAAGACUUGAAGACUCUAUCGCAAAAAGGAGACCAUCGUCAAACAUCAGAAUUCUAUAAAAUAUUUGAACCUUGGCUACCUCAUGGAGGACUACAGCAUUCAGUUUUUCUCGAUAAAAAAAAGGAAAUUCUACUUUUGAUUGGUCAACAUACAGUCCAGGUUUGGCAUGAUAGAGAUGACAAAAGAACCCUUGAAUUCAUUAGUGUGAUCGAUAAUAUUGAAAAUUGGAAUGAAAGAGAUAAUGUUAAAAGAAUCGAAUAUGGAAUAAAAAAAUUCAAACUUUCAAUUCAAUCUGAAAAUUCUCAAUUAAUUGAAAUGGGUGGUGACAUUGACGUAAUUAAUGCUGUAAAACAAGCUUGUCACGCGCUUAAAUAUUUAUAUCGGAUAUAUCUAGUACCUCAUUACACUAGGAUAUUAGUCCAUGAGAAUCUUUUAAAAUUCAAAGAGAUAGUCAAACAAACACGAAACAUUAUUGUAAAAUUUAUUCAGCUAUAUCCGAUUGUUUGGCGAUUAUUGGAUUUUCGCUUUGAUUUGUUGAGUAUUCUCAUUGAAGCGAGGGAAUAUUCACUUAUAAAAUAUAUAUUAUUUAACGAAAAAAAAUCUAUCAAUGAUGUUGAUGAUCAUGAAAACUACAUUCUUAAAACCCUUGAUAGUAUAGCAUCCAAGUUUGAACUCAAGAAACAACUUUCACAAGACAUAAAGCCAGACCAAAAUAGUUCAGUGCAUGAGAAAUCACUCCACAUGCCACAAUAUUAUGCAUGGGAAGGUGGAGACAAUACAAUUCGUAAAGCACUUUUAGAUGAUGAUCCAAUCUUUCUAGGAUAUUUUUUAGAAUAUUAUUCUAAUAAAGCAGUCGAAGAAAUUGGGUGGAUGAUUACAGUUGGAGAAAUUAUACCAGAGUUAUAUGAUGAAAAUAAUAACAAUUAUGGUCAGUUAUGUGCAUUUCCUCAUUUAAUCUAUGUAUUGAUAUCUCAAACGGUUUUUGUACCCAUAACACAAUUGGUUCCAGAGGAAUCCGUUUUGGAAGUAAAAGAAAUCAGCCUUGAUAAAAUUCCUGAUAUUCGAAUGGUACCUUUAAUUGAUUUUACGACAAGCAAUGAAUUGCUGGAAAGAAGAGGAAACAAAUACCUGAAUGUUUUAAAAUCUAUAUUUCGCCCUAGUGAAUUUGUAUAUCUGGACAAUUAUUAUAAUCCUUUUCUUUUUCUUAUAAAUGCAGUUGAAAAUAAUUAUGAUGAUCCUUUUUAUUAUAACCCAUCCAUGGAAGCCAUUAUAAAUUUUAUGUGGUAUUCAACUGAAUCACAUUGGCCUUCAACUUUAUACGUUUAUAUAAUAUAUCUUUUAUCUUAUUCAAUUAUUUCCUGGAUGUUUAUUGCACACAUUCAAGUUACUGGUGAAUUUCAACAUAUUCUGGUGCUUGUAACCAUUUUAUUAUUUAUUUUUCUUGGUUAUGCAUCAUAUGUUGGGCUAAGUCAAUCUCCGACAACAUAUGAUGUUUCUAAUGGGAAUGAUAUGGUCUAUAAUAUGACUGGAGAAGAACCAGCCAAUUUAUUUUCAAACCCCUUUAGUGCUAUAAUUGCCGUAUAUAAUUGGGAUUCAAUUUCAUUAGAUGCUUGGGGAUUCUGGCCUCUUAUCAUCAUGGGUGUAAUUGGUAAUAUUGUUUUUGUCAUGAUACUACAAAAUGUUAUUAUUUCAUUUAUGAGUGCUGCCUUUGAAGAUGCUGAUGAAGAUGGAAAACAUGCUACUGAUUUGGAUUCUAAGCUCAAGGAUAAGUUAAGAGUAAAAUAUAUAUGUUUUUAUAAUGAUCUAUCAAUUACAAAAGCAUGGAGGGAAAAUUCCUUAAAAUGGGAAUCGAUUCCAAUUUAUUCAAUUAAUGAGAUAGAAAAAAUAGAUGAAAUAGAUGAUGAGAUUUAA